CUGAGAACAUAUUAAGUGAGGUUUAAAGAACAGGAAAAAUGGGUUCGAUGCGUGUAGUAGUGUGGUGUGCAUUAUUUGUGAUGCAUGCAGGGUUUUCAGUCUCUAAUGCUGAACUGAGUCCUACUUUCUACAGCCAAACAUGUCCACUGCUACAAACUACUGUUUUUGGAGUCAUCUUCCGUGCUUACCUUACUGAUCCUCGCAUCGGUGCCAGCCUCGUUAGGCUUCAUUUUCAUGAUUGCUUUGUCCAAGGUUGCGAUGGAUCAAUUUUACUAAACAACACAGCUACCAUAGAAAGCGAGCAAGAUGCAAUUCCAAAUAACAACUCAAUAAGGGGCUUGGACGUUGUCAAUAACAUCAAAACAGCGGUUGAAAUUAUUUGUCCAGCUACAGUUUCUUGUGCUGAUAUUCUUGCUAUUGCAGCUGAAGUAGGUUCUGUUCUGGGAGGAGGUCCAUCAUGGUCAGUUCCAUUAGGAAGAAGGGAUAGCUUAACAGCAAACAGAACCCUUGCAAAUCAAAACCUUCCAGCACCCUUCUUCACACUAGAUCAACUCAAAGCUGCCUUUGCUGUUCAAGGUCUAAACACCACUGAUUUAGUUGCACUCUCAGGUGCUCAUACAUUUGGAAGAGCUCAUUGCAGUACAUUCAUUAGCCGAUUAUACAACUUCAACAACACUGGAAAUCCUGAUCCAACUCUGAACUCAACUUUCUUACAAAUAUUGCGUGAGAUAUGCCCCCAGAAUGCAACUAAUAAUAACCUCACCAAUUUGGACCUGACCACACCUGAUCGUUUUGAUAACAAAUACUACUCCAAUCUUCAGCACCUCAAUGGCUUACUUCAGAGCGACCAAGAACUGUUCUCCACUCCUGGUGCUGAUACCAUUGCCCUUGUCAAUAGCUUCAGUAGUAACCAAAGUCUUUUCUUUUCCAACUUUAUAGUGUCAAUGAUAAAAAUGGGUAACAUUGGAGUGUUGGAAGGGACUAAAGGAGAAAUUCGCUUGCAAUGUAAUUUUGUUAAUGGAGACUCCUCUGGAUUAGGUAGUGUGGUAUCCAAAGAUUCUAAGGAUAAUCUGAUUGCUCAAUCGAAAUAAGUUAUAAUGGAGAUAUGUGCUAGCUGUAAAGGCAAAUCAAAGGUUGUAAACCUUUUUUGCUUUGUUUAAAUAAAAACAAAGGAGUGUUCAUGUCAUUGUGAUUUUGAGAUGUACCUCUUGGCAUAUUAUGUA